CCCAGAGCGGAGAAUUACAGGGUGAGCGGGAAAUUCAAAACCAUCAACGAUUCUGUGUUCAGCCAAUCAAAAGAAAAGGGGGAGGGGCCGGAAAUGUAAAUUCAGUUAAAGGAAACGCCCAUGAGGACGUUAUCUUGUUACAGUUCUCCUUCUGGUCCGCUUAUGUGCUAUAUAAACUAGGACGCCGCGCCUCAGACUUUGUUCAUUCUAUUGUCUACCAACAGGAUGUCAGGACGCGGCAAAGGAGGGAAAGGUCUCGGUAAGGGCGGAGCCAAGCGGCACAGGAAGGUGCUCCGGGAUAACAUCCAGGGCAUCACCAAGCCUGCUAUCCGCCGUCUAGCUCGCAGGGGAGGUGUGAAGCGCAUCUCCGGCCUCAUCUAUGAAGAGACUCGCGGUGUCCUGAAGGUUUUCCUGGAGAACGUCAUCCGUGACGCCGUCACCUACACCGAGCACGCCAAGAGGAAGACCGUCACCGCUAUGGACGUGGUGUACGCCCUCAAGCGCCAGGGCCGCACUCUCUACGGCUUCGGAGGUUAAUUCUGCUUCUACUCUGCUCCAUCUCAUCAACCCAAAGGCUCUUGUCAGAGCCGCCCACAUGUUCUAUGGAAAGGCUAGAAUUACUUGUAACUUGAGCGAUCGGUGUUGUGCUCUGGAGGCUGCGGUGUUUGUUCUUCCCAAUUCUGCCUUAAUCUCCGCACUUGAUCAGUCUGUCGGUGUUUCCUGCUCCUUCACUAUCUGCUCCGGGAGAUCUCCCCUGAAUGUUCUGACUACUGCACUCAUCCACCGUGAUUAUCAUUACUCUCACAAUCUACAUCAUUCCUC